AUGGAGAGAUCCGCCCACUCCCUGCUGCUCCUGCUGCUCGCCGCGGGGCUCGUCGUCGCUCUGCUCCCGGCGGCGGCCGCCACCUUCGGGCCGCAGCCGGGGGCGCCGUGCGAGGCCGCGCUACUCGCGACGCAGGUGCAGCUCUUCUGCACCCCCGACGCACCGACCACGCUGUGCUGCGACCCCGUCGUCGCCGCCUUCGACCUCGGGGGCGGCGUGCCCUGCCUGUGCCGCGUCGCCGCCGAGCCGCAGCUGGUCAUGGCGGGGCUCAACGCUACCCACCUCCUCGCGCUGUACACCUCCUGCGGCGGCAUCCGUCCCGGAGGCGCCCACCUCGCCGCCGCCUGCCAAGAUCUGCCCGCGAGGUCGAUCGGGUUGUCGUCGUUUCCAUGGCGAGCAACCCGGCGGCGGCGCGCGCGCGGCGUCGGGUUCCCGUCGUUCCUCGUGGCGAGGAACCUCCCCGUGGCAUAG